AAAAUACUGAUUCGGUUCCACGGUAGCAUAUAUUUCAAGUUCGACCACUAUUCCCGCCAUUACUAGCUGCCGCCGCUGAGGCGAACCCUGAAAGAAGGGCUAAAAGCUUUCACUUCCUGGGAAUUUCCGAAAUUAUGCAAAUGGCUUGGCGUGAUGGCUUUGACGAAACUCGCGUUUUCAUUGCACCGGUACCUGGUCCUGCUACUACAAUUGAAAAUGGUAAAGGAUCUUUGUUGUCUCUUCGCCAUCCAAAGUCAGGAAACCCAGCUUGUUAUUUAUUCAUCAACAACUCCCUCCAAGAACUGCAUUGGUUCAAGCAAUCCUAUGCCUCCUGGUUCCUAGGGGAUUCUGUUUGUGAAGAUGGCGGCCUGCAUAGUGCCACACCAGUUGAUCCUGUUUUUAUACUGUUGCCCAUUUUUGAGGAUGCUCGAACGAAGAAAGGGCAUGACCAGGGGAAGUUCAGGCAGUUAGAUGAAAUAAUGUUUGUCAGCGGUUAUCCUGGAUAUCAACAUAUAUUAUCCAUUGCAGAAGAUUCCAUGAAAGUAGUUUGUGAAAUAAAAGAAAUUGGAUCCUCAAAGUUCUAUAGGCUUGAUGACUCCAAGGUUUUAUCUUGGUUGGGCCAUAAGGUGCACCAGUUAAAAGUGAUACUACCCACACUCAACAAAAACUAUGCUGUUCAGAAUGAGCAGGAUACAUUAAAAGAUGCGGUCUCUUUGAUAGGGGAGUAUUUGAAGGAUGAGCCUUGGUUGAUGCUCUUGUGUGGUAAUCUAAGGAUAGAUCUACAAGAGGCAACUAGAAAAGUAACAGCGUAUGAUGUCCUUCCUACUGCUACAGAGAGUAGCCCUGGGUCAUCUCAUUCCUUGCCGGUAAAGAGUGGGAGUGACAAGAAAACGUCAAGCAGUGCAAAACAAGCAAAGAAGAUGAAAACAGAGACAGACUCACAUAACAUCAAAGAUAUGUUUCGCAGGGCUACAAGAAACAAGCGAUGAGUUUUGCCGGCAGCAAGAGUUGAAUGAAAUCGCCAACUUCAGUCUUGGUAUGCAAAGACACUGAAUUUUGCUAGUGUAACCCCUUCAAGCAUCCAUGCCAUUGGAAAGGGUAAUUGAAUCAUUAGUAGCAUGAUUGUGAUUUUCUCAGGGUGAUCCAUUAUGCUUGUGAGAAUUAUCACAUGAAACUUCUGUAGGGUUGCACCUGAUGAGGCAAACAAAGCUGUAUUAUUACAAUU